GCCCCCACCAACCCUGUUCUGUGCAGCCAGCCUUGUCCUUGCAGUCACCGAAUUCGCUCCUGCCCCCACGCCAAGUUGCAUGCCCGUGUAGGAGUCGAGAACGCGCGUGAGGCGGCGGCAGGCGGUGUGUCCCGGCGGCGACGAUGGAGCACAGCAGCAGCAGCAGCCUGUUCGCGUCGGUGGUAGGCGUGGGCGUGGGCGUGGGCCUCGGCCUCGGCCUGGUGUCGGCGCGGCUCGCGUUGUCGACUCCGGGCGGCGGCUCCGGUGGCGGCGCCUCAGCUAAGGAGGUGGAGGCGGAGCUCCGGCGGCUGGUCGUCGACGGGCGCGAGACCGGCGUGACCUUUUCCAACUUCCCCUACUACUUCAGUGAGCAAACGCGUCUGGCGCUGACGAGCGCGGCGUACCCCUACCUGAGUCAGACUGUCCUGCCAAAGCACAUCCAGGUCUUCUCCGACACGAGUCGCACGAUAUUGCUCUGCGGCCCAUCAGAGACGUGCCUGCAGUCGCUCGCGAAGGCUGUCGCGCACGAGUUCAAUGCCCGCCUGCUGGCACUCGAUAUCUUCGAGCUCUCGCGUCAGAUCCAGCACAAGUACGGCAGCCCGAGCAAUGCACAGGUUGAGGUUCCUAAAGGAUCCACAACCGAGUCAACCUUGGAUAGAGUGUAUGGUUUUGUUGAAUCUUUCAACAUAUUGCGCAAGAAGGCUGAACCAACAGGAUCAUCGGAUCAUGAAAAGGGCAUUCUGGAUUUAAGGACUAGCUAUUGUCGUUAUAAGAACAUACAGUCACUUGGGGUACCUGGUGCGAAGGACAAUGACUCAGAAUUUAUGGAAGAUGAUGAUUUAGUUAGACGAAGCUGGGGUUUAGAUGAGAAAAUUCUCAUACAGGCCCUAUACAAGAUCAUAGUUUCCGUUUCUGAAUGCAGUCCAGUUAUUCUUUAUAUAAGGGAUGUUAAUCUAUUCCUUGAUAGUUCGGAGAGAGCAUAUUCUAUGUUCCAGAAAAUGUUGAACAAACUAUCUGGACGAGUGUUGAUAAUCGGUUCAUACUUCCUUAAUGCUGAUCAAGAUAGUGAUGAUGUUGAUGAGGAUGUGAGUGAUCUAUUCCCGUACAUUCUGGAGACUAAGCCUCCCAAAGAAGAGGAUCAUCUUGAGAAAUGGAAAACCCAAAUGGAAAGUGAUAUGGCAAAAAUCCAGAGUGAAAUGUUUAUAAACUACGUUACAGAGAUUCUCUCAGCAAACAAUCUGGAGUGUGGUGAUUUCAGUUCUGUCUCUCCAGAUGAUUAUGUAGCUAUUACAAAUUACAUAAAUGAAAUUAUGGCCCCAGCAGUCUCUUACCAUUUGAUGAAUAACAAGGACCCCGAAUACAAAAACGGGAGGCUCGUUGUAUCUUCGACGAGCUUAUCUCAUGGACUAAGAAUUUUCCAAGAGAGCAACCUUGGGAAAGAUACGGUGGAAACAGAUGAGUCAAAGGUUACUAAAUACAACGAAUACGAAAAGCGGAUCAGAGAAUCGGUUAUACCUGCCAGUGAAACAGGAGUGACAUUUGACGACAUUGGAGCACUAGCUGAUAUCAAAGAGUCAAUUCAGGAGCUUGUCAUGCUUCCACUUCAACGGCCUGACCUCUUCAAUGGUGGCCUUUUGAAACCAUGCAGGGGAGUUCUACUGUUUGGACCACCUGGAACCGGGAAAACUAUGCUUGCCAAGGCCAUAGCCAACGAAGCUGGUGCUAGCUUCAUGAACAUCUCGAUGUCCUUCAUCACAUCGAAAUGGUAUGGAGAGGCAGAGAAAAGCAUUCGGGCAUUGUUCAGUCUGGCUGCAAAAAUUGCACCAGCCAUCAUUUUCGUGGACGAGGUGGACAGCAUGUUAGGGACACGCGAACGAUCAAAUGAAAAUGAGGUCUCAAGGAGGAUAAAGAAUGAAUUCAUGACGCAUUGGGAUGGACUCUUGUCCAAGUCCAAUGAAAGGAUUCUUGUGCUUGCUGCGACGAACAGACCGUUUGACCUUGAUGAAGCGAUCAUCAGGCGGUUCGAGCACAGAAUCAUGGUUGGCCUGCCAACUCGUGAGAGUAGAGAGCUUAUUUUGAAGAAGCUGUUGUCUAAAGAAAAGGUUGAAAACAUUGACUUCAAGGAACUUGCGAAAAUGACUGAAGGAUACAGUGGCAGUGAUCUAAAGAAUCUUUGCGUGACGGCUGCUUAUGGUCCUCUCAGAGAGCUACUUCGGAAAGAAAAAGAAAGGAAGAAAGAUAAGAAGGAAAAAGAAGUAAAAGUGGAGGAUGAGCAAGCUGAGAACCUGAAAAAUGAAGAAAGCGGGAAAGAAAAACCGGAAAGCAGUAAAGGCAAGAAAGACGAAUCAGAGAAAGGUAUCAAGGGCGAAACUGAAGAGACUGAUGAAACCACUGCCAUCAGGCCGUUAAACAUGGAGGACUUGAGGCAGGCAAAGGAUCAAGUCGCCGCAAGCUUUGCUAGUGGAGGUGUCGUCAUGAAUGAUAUCAAGGAGUGGAAUGAGCUCUAUGGCAAAGGCGGGUCGAGGAAGAAGCAACAACCGACAUACUUCCUGUAGUAAAUGAUUCAGAAUUGUAUAUAGAUGUAUCCUCGGUUGGGUUGCAUUUGACCCCUUGUGCCUGCGCAUGGUGAUGAUACAGAGGAAUGUUCGCAAUACAUAUUUAGGUCGACCUGUGGAUCCAACAGAGGCUGGCUAUUCAAUGAGUAGUCACUAUAUGUUAGUUGUAUGCUAGUUUGGAGUUUUAACUGUUAAUGGAACAGCAUUGAACGUUGGCAUCAAGGGUAUCCUUUAUUUCACCAGGAACUAAAUAGAAAUUUGUCCUGGGCUUAAA